CGCGCUUCCAAUUGGGGGAGGCGUGGGCCAAUGAGAAAGACGCGCCGAAGGUUUAAAAAGGAGGGUGCUGCGCCCUGAAGUGAACCGAAGCCUCCUCUGCAGCGUGCGGAGCAUGGCUUCGUCACCGGUUCCUCAGCGGGGCCUCAGCCCCGCGCAAGGGAAAGCCUUGGCCGUGGCGACACCGCCUUCUUCGUCGCCCUCUUCUUUCCCGGACCUGCUGGGCGCCCUUUACCGCAGCGGCUUCGCCGGGGAGUCUAACGCUAUCGCCCGCCGGCUGCUACAAGGCGAGGGCGCCAGCAGGCGGCCGCCGCUGCUUGUUCCGCUGAGUGUUGAGGCCGAAAGGCUGACGCCGCUGGAGGCCACCAUGUCCUUCCUCAGAGAGGCCCAGGCGCCCAGGCAGGGCUUCUGGAGAAGCAGCAGUUGCUGUGGAGACGACUCCUGCCCGGCGACAGAGGGCCCUCCCGGCCCUAGCCUGAGCUUCGCCCCUCCCGGAGGAGACGGCACCAGGAGGGAGGAGGAGGAGCCCCCGGUUGGCCCUCGUUAUCCUCCUUCCGCCUGCGAGAGGCUGCUGCUCUCCAACACCCGCCGCGACCGCACUUAUGAGUGCGACGAGGCCUCCCUCCGCUGCGCCACGUAUGUCGCCGAUGAAGGGUCGCGACUCUCCACAGCUUCCCUCGCUCAGCGGACUUACGAGCAGGACUUUCCAGGAGGCACGCCGGCACCUUUGGUCACCUCAACGCCGCUGCUUGAGGUCGGGGCCGCCGGGAAGAGCUGCGGCGGGCGGUGGGCGGAGGCGAGCUCCCAGCUAGGCCGGCCCAAGAAGAGGGGCUCCCCAGAGUCUUCUCGGGAGGCCCCUGCCUCGAGGAGAGGGCGUCUUGCUGCUAAAAAUAACGGGCUUCUCAAGGGUGGUGGUCUCGCCAAGAGGAGCCUGCCUGUCGGUGCCCCUACCCUGACUAAAGGCCCGGUGCCGACCAAGAAAGACCUUCCUGGCCAAACACAGAAGAAAUUGCCCUUGAAUAAGAAGCCUCCCAAGUCAAGGUCAAGACUCCCAGUUCCUGCAGCUAGAGAUAACAAGGUAGAAGUGAAGAUAGCAGCUGCAAAGCGUCCCCAGGAAGAACUAUCUGGAAAAGUUGCUGCUUGGCACUGUAAGCGGUCCUCCCCAGGCAAACGUCAGACUGAGAAGCCCACAGGAGGGGGCGUGCUGGUGGCUGGACAGUUCCCCAGUGCUGCUGCAAAUGUUGAAUCGAGUGCGCCUUGCUCCCGGUGUCUGCAGCUGACAAAAGAAAUUCAAAACCUGAACAGUAUGAUAGAGGAGUAUCAAAGAAUGGUCACUGUGCUGAAACAGAAGAAUGAAGAUCAUAUUGAGGACACGGAGAGCUGUCAGACUCAAUAGUUAAUAGGAGGCUCCUUAUAACCAACUAGCACAACUACUGCUACUUUAUUUUAUUUGUAUUUAUAAUAAAUAAAAGUUCAUUAGCAUUCUCUAUCAA